AUGAGUGAAAUAGUCUUAAAACAAUGUGUCCGCCAUUGUCUUAAUUACCCUGCUAAUAACUGCUAUGGGUAUAUUUGUAAUGGAGAAAAAGUUAUUGCUGUUUCACACGCACCUUGUCUUCCUCCACUUAACUCUAUUAUAUAUGAUGAAAUAGCAGAAAUAGGAAUUGAGGCUAUGUAUGUUUCAAGUACAACAUCAACAGUUCCCCACCCAUAUCUAGAAUUUGCUAAACAAAAAUCUAUCCCAAUAAUUUAUUUAAUUUCAUUGUAUAAUCCUUCUAAACGAAUUCAAAAAUUUCAGUUUAAUUCUAACAAUAAGUGGGAACCAACUACAAUUGAAUGUGAAUUAAAAGGAGUUAUUGUAAUGUCUGUUCCAUCUCUCACUACACCAAAAGUUCAAAUUUAUAUUAAUACAACUGGGGUUGAAUUUGUGAAUGGUGAAGAACAAUUAGAAAAGGGUGAUAGCACUUACGUUCAAAAGCAAUCACCAUGUAUCAUUGAUUAUUCCAAACUUCUUUCUCAACUUGAAGAAAUUAAGAAACAAACUGAUCAAAUGUUAAAAGACAAACAAAAUCUUUGCAAAGAACUUGGCAUUGAUUUUACUAUCUAA